AUGGCUUACAGGCUCCACAACGACAGCAUCAAGCUGAUCGGCUUCAAAAAGAUCGAGAUCCCUCAACCAGAACGAGGAGAAUUCGAAGACCAUUACUUUGGCAACCACGCCGAGUGGAAGAAGAUGGAUUCCACUUACUACGACCCAAGUACUGGCACAAUCCGCAUUUAUUUCCCUGUCGAAGCAGCGUUAGUCGAGCACAACGGCAGACUCAUCGAAGCCAACCAUCUUGGCGAACUAGACAUGGAACAAGUCGACUCAGACCCGACUCGCUUGCUCAGAACAGAAAAGGGUAACUAUCCCCUCCGCCGGCAGACAGGGUCAAAGUUUGGCCAUCUUAGAGAGGAGAACAGCAAAAUUGUCGCCAUGCCGAAACGGAAGCUUGGUGCUUUAGAGAAGGUUGAUGCCGAUCUCCCAAACCUCCAGCAUAAAAUUCGAAGAGACCCAACAUCCUACACUGAAGAUUUCCGGGCUCAAUACUACCAAUAUGAAAAUCACAGGGAAAUUUUCAUGGCGGCGCCCACGUCAGCGACGGACACUGGCAUCCUCUCCCUUCGAGACCUUAUUGACUUUGUGUCACAUGUCGCCGAUUGCUAUCCCGAGAUCUCCAAGAGCUUUCCCCAAGAGCUUAUCGAUAUCCUAACGCUACACCAUACUAUCUUAGAGCCUGAGCUCCGAGAAAAGAUUGUUGGCAGUCUGGUGCUGCUAAGGAAAAAGAACAUAAUUGAUUCUACAACCUUGCUUCAAACGUUCUUCCCAGUUCUCACGUCGACCCCCAGCAAAAAUCUGCGGACACUGCUCUUUGGCAAAAUCCUAAGCGAUCUACGGACUUCCAAUUCGAAAGCUACGAACCACAAACUCAAUCGCACCAUUCAGACAGUCCUUUACAAUCUUCUCACCGGUGAUAGGACUUCUUCAAAAGGUCUCUGGGCCGUGAAAUUGACUCGGGAGCUUUGGCGACGGCAAUUAUGGACGGACGCAAAGACUGUAGAGAUCAUGAAAGAAGCUGCCUUGGCAGAGAACGAGAAGGUCAUUGUUGGUGGUGUACGGUUCUUCCUUGGCGGUGACAAAGAGAGAGAGGAGUUUGAAGAAGACAGCAGUGAUGACGAUGGCAUUGACGUAAGCAAGAUUCGACAUCAAGUGGGUAUCAAUAAGAAACGCAAGAAAGCUAGUAAGGCAUUGAGCAAAGCUACAACUGCCGUGAAACGGAAAGAGAAGAAAAGGAAUCAGCCACAUCCGCUCAACUUCUCUGCUCUACAUUUGCUUCAUGAUCCGCAAGGUUUCGCGGAGGUCUUGUUUUCCAAGCACUUACAAAACCCAAAGUCAAGGUUGAAUCUUGAACAGAAAUUGCUCGUCCUCCAACUCGUAUCCCGUCUUAUUGGUCUACACAAACUUACCGUGCUGAGUUUUUACUCGUACUUUCUCAAAUAUCUCACACCUCGACAACCCUCAGUCACAACAUUCCUGGCAUGCCUUGCCCAGUCAGUGCAUAGCCUUGUCCCGCCAGAUAUUCUCGAGUCUUUGAUUCAAAAGAUCGCGAACGAAUUCGUGUCCGAAGCAGCGGCUGCAGAAGUAGCAUCAUCUGGCCUCAAUGCCAUUCGAGAAAUAUGUGUCCGACAGCCGCUAGCUAUGAAUGACACGUUGUUACAAGACUUGGUCAUGUACAAAAAGAGCAAGGACAAAGGUGUAAUGAUGGCGGCCAAAGGUCUGCUGGGCUUGUACAGGGAAGUGGGAGCAGAUAUGCUGAAGAAGCGUGACCGUGGGAAGGAGGCUGCGCUUGGUCUUCGCUCUGGGCAGCGGAAGCAACAAGUCUUUGGUGACAUACCAGCCGGCGAAAUUGAAGGCUUAGAUCUUCUUGAGAAAUGGAAAAAAGAAGAACGGCAACGAAAAAGACUAGAGAAAGGUCUCCCAGAGGAACGCAGUGACAAUGAGGGAGAAGAGCAAGAGGAAGGAGAAGAAGAAGAAGAAGAAGAAUGGGGUGCCUGGGACAUUGAAGCUGAUAUCAGUGAUGAUUCGGGAGGUUGGAUAGACGUCGAGAGUGACAAAGAGAUCGAGAUUAGCGACGAGGACGAAGAAUCCGUCGAAAAGAAACGGGUAAAACUCGAUGUUGACCUGGAAAAUAAGGAGAAUGAUGCUCCGAACACAACGGAAACCAAACCAUCAAAUCUAGCAACGACUCGAAUUCUUACACCUGCUGAUUUUGCCAAACUACAAGAACUCCGCGCUCAAGCUGCAGUAAAUCUGCAUCUCCAGAAGAAGGGCCACAAGAUCCACCACCCCACUGCGCAGUCUAUUCCACUUACUAAUUCACAUCGACACAUGGAUGAUCCUCUUACCGCUGCUGAGAUCGAGGGACUAGCUUCUCUUUCCAAAGGCCGUACCUCGCGAGAGGAGAAGAUUGCAGCCCAGGAUGAAUACAAGACGGAUCGAGCCGAGCACAAAAGCAAAGCGGCCAGGAAGAAGGAGCGCAAAACUGACGAAGGCAAAAGUACCACAAACAAGGAGAAGGCUCGGAAAAAGAACUUUCUGAUGACACUUGGUAAGGCGAAACAGAAGGGCAAGCGGAGUCUUGUUGAGACCAGAAAGGUACUGAAAGCUCAUUCUGAAAGGGGCAAGAGAGGUGGUAAGAGAGGUAAUAGAUAA